CUCAUAUUAUAUACGUACUUUAUUCACGAAGAACCUGAUUCUCUCUGAACACGAGAAAUGAAGUAACUUUUUCGCUUUCUUCUCUCUCAAAAUCUCUUUUGCUGUUCUGCGUCCUUUUUGUCUCUCUCUCUCUUCUCCUCUUCUCUUAUAUUCUAUUCGGUGUUCACUCUUUUCGCCGUCUCGCACCGAAGAGAGAUAUCCGGCAACUAAAUUGAUUUUCUCUAUCUUUCUGGAAACCCAAACGCCACUUUCUCGCUUCUCUCCUCGGCUAACAUUUCGCAAUCAGUAACUAAACCAAACAUCUCCCCCCCCCCCUCUCCCUCUCGGGUCUACCCUGUUUGCCAUUUUGUUUCAUCACUUAAUUGUGAAACCCAGAAGAGCUCAAACCCAUUCGCGUUCGGUUUUAAACCUGAAUUCGAAGAUAAAUACGGAUAAGUGAAGGGAAAAUAUCUUUUGGGUUGUGUUGUUCUUGAAGUGUUCGUCUCAGGUGGGGAUGAUUUGGACCGAUCCGAAGCCAUUGAAGCCGUUUUGAAAGAACAGAUGUUGUUAGUGUUGUCGUUGUUAUUGUUUAUAUUAUCAUGACGGAAAUGGACAAGGUACGGGACGUGAGGCGUAAAACGAGUCGGCUCUCUAAACAAUCUGGACACGAGAUAUCUUCUGGUGAAUUGACGCUACUCUCCCUCUCUCUCUCUCUAUAUAUAUCACUCUCAAGUCUCAAUUCUUCUUCGUACUUGUCGUUUUCUGCGUAUAAUGUUGAGAAUUCUACAGAUAAUAGGUUUGAAUGGUGUUGGCGUAGGUGGUGACUUUGGGUCUUUGGAGAAAUCGAAGAAAGAGAGAGUUAAGAGAUUGAGUGCGGUUUGUAAAGAUAGCUCGAGCUACGAAGACAUGGGUUGCUGUGAUUUCUCUGAUAGAGAAGAUGAGCAUCAUCCUUCUGUGACUAGUGCUGGUUCUGGUAAAAGAUUUAAGCUUCCCAAAAAGUUCUUUGAUGAUUGCAAUGAAGUGAAUAAUUCCCCUGUUCCAAGGAAGCUGCGAUCAGCCAUGAAGAAGCGUGACCGAGAAUCUGUAUCACCACCAUUACUGGAUUCAAAGAAUCUGAACAAAGUAAUUGGGGAAGCUGAGUCACCCAAAAAGGAUGGUGCAAAGAAAUCCAAACUGAAUAUGAAAAAGAGAGACGCAGACUGGUCCCACAAGAAAGUUGGCUGUGGACCAAUCACUAAAGAUGAGGAAGAAGUUGUGGAGACCUUGUAUUCUUUGGCUGGGAUGUUCCAUGACAAUGACUCUACGGAUCAGGAUAAACUAGAUGGUGAAGAAGCAAACCCUCCAGCUUUGCCGGAGGCAGGGGAAGGUCCAACAUUGGCUAAAGAAGAUUCCGUGGCUGUGAAGGAAGACUUAAGUUGCCUCUCUGGAACUGCCGAACCUACUGAUCCCUCAUCCAAUGUUCAAAAGUUUCCUGAAGAACCUGUUGUUCAAGAACAAUCUAAUUUACCCAGCUGCAAAAAAAUAAGUUUGGAUUUAGCUAGGGUGGUUCCUGAAUUAAAUUCACCGGCCAUUCCCUUGUUGGUAAAGGAUGGUAGUGAGAAGCCACUGUGCAAUGCUAUUGACUUAUGUAUUCCACCAAAGCAAAAUCAAGAAACUAGCAUACUAAAGGAGGCCAGUAAGGAGGAAAGCUCCCCUCUUCAGUCGAAACCAGAGACUGCGUUGGGACUAGCUAUGACACUUGGAGGUCAAACGAAUCCACCACAAAUGAGGGACAAGGAACCCAAGAAAAUUGGCUUGUCUUCAACAUUGCCAAAUGGUGCUCUGGGUCAUGGUUGUCCUCAAUGGUCCUCAAAUAAUAAAGUUCCUGCUUGGUUGGAUACUUCAGUAUAUGUUAUAGGACAAAAUUCAUUUGAGAAUUGUUCUUCAAGUGGAAAGGUUUCUCAGGCGAAGAAUGGUAAAAUUGCAUGGAAAAGGUGUGCGGCUCAUGUUUAUAUCAGUCAUCAAAUUCGAGCUUUAAAGAUGCCAGAUAGUGGAAAUAGAAAGCAGUUGUAUCCCAACCAGUUGAGACAGCUUGAGGUACCCAAGCAAGGAGUUCUUGUGGGGGUAAACAAUUUCAAUGGGGUCAGAAGUGGAUUAGAUGGAGUUUCCUCUGCUAUCAGCUCUGGUAAUUGUUAUGAUAAAAAAUCAAAUGAAGUUCAUAGUGAUAUUUAUCAGCAUGGAAGGCAACAUCAAGAUCAUCCUAAUGCUUCUUUGGCAUCCGGAGAAUACCCUUCACCGAAUCAGGGCUUUGAUUUCUUGUCUUUGUCGGCUGGGAGUCGUGGGAUUGAAACUAGCAACAGUCUUAGCAGAGCUGUAAAUGGGUCGGAACAAUCUUCGCAACUGCAAGUUCCCUACCUUCAAUCACGUGCCCAACAUCCAAUGCUCAUGUCUUUGUCUGUACCCCAAAUACAUUACACCUCUGCUUACCCUGAUCAACCUGCAGCACCAACACAGCAGGCUCAGCUGCAGCUACAUCAUCCAUAUCUUGGCAGACCAUUUUAUGGUCCUAAUUCAAGUUCCGCAUCAUCGACAAAACAGCAGCAGUUGCAGUACCAACAACGGUUUUGGACAGCUCAGUUGGCUUCGCAAUAUACUCCUGAUGGAACUUCCGCUUCUAUGACAUCAUUUCCCAGCUGGCACUCUGGGAGGCAAGACUCUUCAGCACUGAUCCCGCGUUCCCAGCCUGCUAUCCCUCCUUUGCCAUCGUCUUUCGAAGUACAUGGCCCCAAGUACCCUCAAAUUUCUCAACAACAACAGCAGCAGCUGCCAUGCUCCCAACUUGGUAUCCCGCCUUUGCCAUCGUCUUUAGAAGUACUUGGCCCCAAGUACCCUCAAAUUUCUCUACAACAGAAGCAGCAUCUUUGGCCGUCACUUCAUCAUUGCCUCCCGCUGGGAUGAAAAGGCAAGAUCACUGCCUAUAUUCUGUUUAUGAAGAAACUGGAGGUGGUUUCCGUGCAAACGGGGCACUGCCAUUGCAAUUACUCUGCAAUGAGCGCCUCUGAAAUUCAACCGGCACAAUGCAGUUGAUCAGAUUGAAUAUAUUAACAACAUUGUUUUAUUCUUUUCUUCUGUUGAUAUUUUUGCACUU